GUUGUUUGUAGAAAUAUCCAGCUCGGAGACAUGGAAGAGAUAAAGCUGCUUUCGACUCAAGAAAUUGCAAAACACAACACUGCCGAAGACUGUUGGCUUGUGAUCGAGGACCAGAUAUGGGAUUGUACUCAAUUUAGCGGAGAGCAUCCUGGUGGACCUUCCCUAAUUCUUCGAUAUGCUGGCAAAGACGCCACCAAGGCAUACUCAGAGAUACACUCACCAUCCAUUGUCAAAAACAGCUUAUCUCCACAUCUGUUCAAAGGCAACCUUGAUCGAUCGACAAUAACUUCCGAAUGGGCUGCAGAGCCUCUACCGCAGAAUCCAGCCCAGGCAGCAUCGGAUAAGGACAAGCCACCACUCCACGCCAUCAUCAAUGCCGACGAUUUUGAGGAAGCAUCGCUUCGGACUUCUUCAGCCAAGACUCAUGCAUUCUAUUCUACAGCCGCCACCGACUGCUGGACUCGAGAUAAGAAUCGGGAAAUGCUGCAGCGAAUAUGGUUUCGUCCCAGAGUCAUGCGGGAUGUCGCAGAAGUCGACACAUCAAGCAGCAUUUUAGGCAUACCUGUCAAAGUCCCGCUAUUCAUAUGUCCAUCUGGACUAGCCAAGAUGAUCAAUCCCGAAGGCGAAAAAGCGCUAGCUCGAGCUGCCAAAUCGAGUGGCAUUCUUGAGAUUAUCCCGACCAAUGCUUCUUAUCCUGCGAAGGAAAUCAUCGAACAAGCUCCCGAUUAUCCGUUCAUGUUCCAACUUUACGUCAACAAAGAUCGGAAAAAGUCCGAGGAAGUGAUCAAGAACGCUGAGACACUAGGAAUGCGUGCGAUAUUUGUGACUGUCGAUGCGGCAGGCAGAGGGAAGCGAGAAUCCGAUGAGCGCCUACGAGUUGACGAAAUUGCAAUCAACCCCAUCACUGGCGAACGCGGCGGCAAGCGAGGUGGUGGGUUGACCAAACUCGUUGGAGCAUUCAUCGAUCAGGCACUAGUCUGGCAAGAUAUCGAUUGGAUCAGAAGUCUGACAGACCUACCAAUCGUACUGAAAGGUGUAAUGACGGCCGAGGAUGCCAAGAUGGCGGUGAAGAUGGGCGUAGAUGGCAUUGUGGUGUCAAACCACGGCGGGAGGAACUUGGACUUCAGCCCCCCUUCCAUUUUGGUUCUCUUGGAGCUCCACAAACAAUGUCCCGAGAUCUUUGAUCAAAUGGAAAUCUAUGUCGACGGAGGCUUCCGACGUGGUGGAGACAUUCUCAAAGCGCUAUGUCUGGGCGCGAAAGCCGUGGGCAUGGGCAGGUCGUUCCUCUUCGCCCUGGGAUACGGCAGCGAAGGAGCCGAACAUCUCGUGGAAAUACUCAGAGAUGAGAUAGAGAGUGCCAUGAAGCUACUUGGCAUCAAGGACUUGUCUGAAGUCCAUCCUGGCCUGGUUAAUACGUCUGAUGUCGACCAUCUCGUCCUUUCGACGGGCGAUCAUCCAUAUGCCAAGUGGCGACCUCGAGCCAGGAUAUGAGGCGAGUUCUGAAGGUAUGAAAUGAGGACCUGCCUCGAACGCGCGAUGGUCAUCAGUCAUCUCCACUUGCAAGGAGAGUAGAAGCCUCCGCUUCAAUUUGGAAACAUUUCGAGGGCAAGAUGAAUACUUCAUUAAUCACAAGCUGGACUUCUUUGGUGGAAACGCCGCCAUACAACCAGCGUACAAUGCGCCUGGAUCUGUCACGAUCGCCAGUCCACGUCUCGCACCGAUGAAAAUGAAAACCGAGAGUAUUGACUGAAUCUUGUCGGAUAAUUCCCCAGCGUCAGUCUGACCAACUCCCUCGCUCCACCUUCAACAAAAAGCCCGCAAGUCCCAGAUGUACUGCCUCCAAGCUUCAAGAUUGAACACCCCG